UGUAGCAUAUUUGCAGUGUUCACACCCUGUACAUAUCUGUAUCUGGCCAGAUUUGGACCUAAAAGUACAUAAAUUAGCUUUGUAAAAGGUGUCUCAUCCAACAGGCUAAAACUGAUUUGCUGCUAGAGAAGACAGUCAGCACCUUUGCAGAAUGAAGAAUGUUGCCAUCGUUCUCACUAUUUCAUGGUUGCUACGGCCAGGAGAAAUGAAAGAGUGGCCUACUCACACAAUCUGCAAGACAAAGGACUUUGAAGCAUAUUAUAAAAGUUGUGAUCCUUUGCAGGAUAUAGGAGUCAGCUUUUAUCCUUGUUCCAGAGUUCUCACAAAACAUAUAACAGCUAAAAUUGGAGUGAUUCUAAGACAAGAUAUCAAUUUACUUCAUAUGAGUUCAAAUUUUUUUUACAAUGGAGCUUACCUAUUUCAUGAGGACAAAUAUUUAUGUGACUAUACAGCCCCAAAGUUUUCGUUCUGUGGAAAGAAAAAAGGAGAAUUUGUGCUUUACAAUCAUUUUGUAAGUUUUGGAUUUUCAACACUACCCAAAGGAGAAUAUUUUAUAAUGUUGGAGCUUCUGAAUGAACAUGCUUAUAAAGUUGCUUGUGCAAACUUCACUCUCUACAGUCAUUCUCCAGUUUAAUGAUAGUUUUAUCACGUAGUCGGGAUGGUGUCACAUUACGCCGCUUUUUUAGCAGUGUGCUUUGGAGCAUUUUCAUUGCAUGUUUUCAAUGCGUCUACAUUUUAGAUGUUGGGCAGCAGUAACAUAUAAAACACCAAACAAACAUUGUGGGUUUCUUUGUGUUAUGUUUUAUGAUAGUUUUCUAGUGUUUUUGCCCCUUGGUGUGUUUUUAAAAAGCAUUAUUUUCUGGGUACGGCAUUUUUGAUGCAUUUUCCCAUAAACUUUUUUAGACCUGGUGUGUGCGGGGAGUAGUCGCAACUAACCGCUGUGCCGCAAUCUGUGCCUGAAAUACGCCUAAUAUAGGUGUAUUUCAGCAUCAUAAAUGACCACCAUAGUGUGGCAGCACCCUUAUGGGAGUUAAAUCCAUAUCAGCAUGUCUUUCUAAAUUAAAUACUCAACUCAGACUCUUUUCACACUCCUGUCACUCUCCAUUUCACUGGGUUUUAACUGCAGCAAACAUACUAUAAUGGAAUCCUUUAGGAUUUGCUACGAUUUGUUUAAUGGUUGGAUCGUAAUAUAGCUGUCAUGGCUCCAUUAAAGACAGAAUUCAUGACACUUAGGCCUCAUGCACACGACCGUUGUUUUUGUUUAAUGAUAGUUUUAUCACUUAGUCGGGAUGGUGUCACAUUACGCCGCUUUUUUAGCAGUGUGCUUUGGAGCAUUUUCAUAGCAUUUUUGCAAUGCGUCUUCAUUUUAGAUGUUGGGCAGCAGUAGCAUAUAAAACACCAAACAAACAUU